AUGGAUGAAAAUCAACGGUGCAGACUCUCGAUCCGCGUCAUCUGUUCUUAUUGGCUGUCUUUAUCCCCUACGCAACCUAUAAAAACACCAAGCAGCCAUUACAUCGUCAUCUACAGUCUACCAACAUCUCACUUCUACAUUUCAGUUUUUGAACUCCAAGCAAUGGCAGGAAGAGGAAAGUCCAUUAAGUCCGCCGCCGUAGCCAAGAAGUCGACAUCUCGUAGCAGCAAGGCCGGACUCCAGUUUCCGGUUGGUCGCAUCGCUCGUUUCCUCAGAACCGGAAAGUACGCUGAUCGGAUCGGCGGCGGUGCUCCUGUUUAUCUCGCCGCCGUCAUGGAGUACCUUGCGGCUGAGGUUCUUGAGUUGGCCGGAAAUGCUGCCAGAGACAACAAGAAGACUCGAGUUGUGCCUCGGCAUAUACAGUUAGCUGUGAGAAACGAUGAAGAAUUGAGUAGAUUGCUUGGAGCUGUUACGAUUGCUAAUGGCGGAGUGAUGCCUAACAUUCACGCUCACUUGCUUCCGAAGAAAGCGUCUGUUGCAUCUUCUAAAGAUGAUGAAUAG